CCGGCGACUUCCAUCGGACGGACACUAACACGGAAUUAGCAGCCUGCUGCGCGAAUUAACACCCUUUAAUCCCUCCAGAGCCGGGUCGUCGUUCAGUAGCAUGCAAAAUAUGUUAACCAUUAUCUCUAACGCACUUUGCCGGAUCACUGGCAGGAAUGUGGGGGCCCAAACAGUGUCUGAGUUGCUGAUUGACCUGUCAGAGUACGUGAAUGUAACGUCGCCGGCAGCGCCCGCCUUGGCACAGACCCAGCGGCAACCACCUAAACCACCACCAGUCAGUGCUAGAGCGCCUGCUGCUGAGUUAGUUAGCAGCCAGAGCGACCAGCUAGACAGACCAGGGGCCAGAGUCGUGGUCUCCCGUUCCUUUGCUGACUUCACCCCUCAGGCCACAUUUGACAUCAAGAAAUGCGACGUACACCGUCUGGAGGAGGGUCCUCCAGUGCAGGCGGAGCUGACUCGGGAGCAGGGUCUGGAGUAUUACCGGGUCAUGCAGACUGUGAGGAGAAUGGAGCUGAAGGCUGAUCAGCUCUACAAACAGAAGAUCAUCAGAGGAUUCUGUCACCUGUAUGAUGGACAGGAAGCAUGUGCAGCAGGCAUUGAGGCAGCCAUCAACCCCACUGAUCACCUGAUCACCGCCUACAGAGCCCACGGCUACACCUACACCCGUGGAGUGCCCGUCAAAACGAUCCUGGCAGAGCUAACAGGUCGUAAAGGGGGUGUGGCAAAAGGCAAAGGAGGCUCAAUGCACAUGUACGCUCCUCAGUUUUAUGGGGGGAACGGCAUCGUGGGAGCGCAGGUCCCUUUGGGUGCUGGCAUCGCUCUGGCCUGUCAGUACCAAGGCAACAAUCAGGUGUGUGUCACACUGUACGGAGACGGAGCAGCCAAUCAGGGUCAGCUGUUUGAGUCUUUCAACAUGGCCGCCCUGUGGAAGCUGCCGUGCAUCUUCAUCUGUGAGAACAACAAGUACGGCAUGGGGACGUCGGUGGAGAGAGCGUCAGCUAGCACCGACUACUACAAGAGAGGAGACUUCAUACCAGGAAUCAGAGUGGAUGGGAUGGACGUUCUAUGUGUCAGAGAGGCCACAAAGUUUGCUGCAGACUACUGCAGAUCUGGAAAGGGACCUAUUGUGAUGGAGCUGCAGACGUACCGUUACCAUGGACACAGCAUGAGUGACCCGGGUGUCAGCUACCGCACCCGUGAAGAGAUUCAGGAAGUUCGCAGUAAGAGUGACCCCAUCACCAUGCUGAAGGACCGCAUGCUCAGCAACAACAUGGCCUCUGCAGAGGAGCUCAAGGAAAUCGAUGUUGCAAUCCGUAAGGAGGUAGAGGAAGCCGCUCAGUUUGCAACUUCAGAUCCAGAGCCACCGCUGGAAGAUCUCUGCAACCACAUCUUCAGCAACAACCCACCGCUAGAGGUCCGCGGGACUCACCGCUGGUCCACGCUCAAGUCCGUCAGCUAGACUCAAACCCCUCACACCCAUGCACCUUCACACACAGAUAUAUCCAAACACUCCAACCCUCUGAGUCCUGCAGCUGCACCCUCACCGUGACUUUAAAAUCGACGCUCAGCAGCUCCUUCCUCGAUUCUAGAUCAUUCCGCACCUUAACAGGAUUCAGCUUCGACCUGAAACCUGCCAGUUUUAUUUAUUUAGAGUUUUAUAGAGAAAUAUUUAAGAUGUUUUUGUCACUUCAGUUGUUCAUCUGUCCAGUCUGGUGUUGCACUGUCGUCGAGCCUCUCUGUGCUGCUGAGUGUUAAAGCGUGCUCUGUGUGCACCUCAUGUUUGAAUUAUUUCAGGGCUGCAAAAUAUACGCACAAAACGUCGCUGUCCUGUUUUCCUGUUUGUUCCUCGAACUUUUGGUAGCAUUCUAGCAUUUCCCCUGCUUUUGAAUCUUCAAGACAUGGAAUAACGGGUAAAGAACCUUUUGGUGACUAGGAACCUGCAAAUCUCAAAAAACUUGAGGAAAGAAGCUGGUUUGUACGUUCAACAUGACAGUCUCAUGGGAAAAAGAUGUUCUCCUUCUAUAGAGCUAAAACACUUUAUCUUUGUGUGAGGUGACAGUGAUACCCCCUGCACCACCGUCUCAGACCAAACUGCAAAAAAGUAAUAGGAAGGAAUCAGUAUGUUUCUUGUAAAAAAGCUGGAAAUGCGCAACAGAGCAAUAUGAACAAAACGAGUUUGAAACUGUGAGAGGAACAGAAUACUUUGUAAUUAAAAUUCAGUUUUUUAAAAUAAUUUUCUGCAGCUUUAUCACUAAAAUAUAAGCAACAGAAGCAUUAAAUUAACUAUUAUUGUUUUAACGAGGGCUGUCAGCAUUAAUGAGCAAAUUGUGAUUUAUUAAGGCCCAUAAUUGGUGCAUUCUCCUUUUAAAUCGUGAUUAAUCUCACGAUUUAUUGUCUCUUUCAUCGCCACAGUGAUCUAAACCACCACUGCAUCCAAAUGUCUCAUUUCACUUUAAAAAUCUCAGACAGCUUGUUGGACAAAUCUUUAAACUGUUCCCUUGGUUCUUUUUCAAUCUAUUACAAGUUCCUUUUUCUGCGUUAAAGUUCAUUUUAUGAUCUUAAUACCUAUAUAGAACCUAUAGUUCCUUUUUUCCUUUUAAAAUAAAAGCACGUCUAAGAAUAAAUCUAAAAUGAAACAAUAGUUUUAAAAGCAAAACUGUUGAAUUUCAAAAGGUGGCAAAAAGGGAAGGUUUACUACAAUUUACCCCAGAGAUUCAGAUUAACUAUGAUUGAAAUUUUAACCAUAUGACAGCCCUACUGUUAAUGUUUUUAGGCACUAUUAAACAGGUUAAGCUACACAUCUGAGUGUAAUGGUCUCACCUUUACCUGCUACAACACUGAAGUAAUACUCCUGUUAUUUUCUUUUGAUCUUUUAGUUUAGCAGCUAGGACCUGCUGAGACUGAGGUCUCCUUUCCCAUGGUGCACUGCAGCAAAACAAAUAAAAUCAGAACAAAAUAAACUUUGUCAAAAGUAUGUGAACAUACAUUUAGACAUGCAAACCCCUUUUGAUAGUUUUAUAUUUGCACUGCAGCUGCUUCUACUUAAGUCACGUGUUAUUUGUGUUGCCAAUAUCACUAUAUUAAUAUAUGGAUUUUAAAAAUAUACAUCAUGCUGACAUUGGCCUUCCCUCAUGAAAAGUCAUUUUAAUUUGAGCACUUUUAUGCAUAUUUUGAUGCUUAUAUGACAUUUGCAGCUAAAAAAAGUUAUUUAUUCUGCAGUUGAAAUAUUUGACUAUAUCCUCCACUGCUGGUUUGAGGGUGUGUGUGUAUUUAUGUUGAGUUAUAGGGCUUUACUUCGAUGAGAAUUUCUGAUCAGUGGUGUCAGAUAGCAUUAUAAGGGUUUUACUUUGCUGGUAUUUCUUUCCUGUUGGUAAAUGAAUGCAAUACUAUGACUUUGUGGUUUUGGUUUAAAACAUAAAGAUGCACUAAAAUGUGGAACUCCUAUCGUGUUUUAGAUUCUGAAGAGGUGAAACCAGCAGCAGCAGCUCUGACUGAAUCUUGUGUUACACUUACCUCUUUGUUAUUUACUCUAAAGUUUACUGUUACUGCACUCUACGUACAGAAAUGAAGCUUUACUCGACUGUUAGUGUGUCUGUUGAACUGAGAUGAUGUUUGGCUGUAAAAUAAAUGCAGAAAAAAAGAAGGAA